AUUCCUCUAAGAGUUCCCAACGAAAGCAUUUCUUUUGCAUUCACACAGCCAAAUUACAUUUUUUCAAUAAUGAGCAAAGUCAUUCUACUUCUUUCCUUAAUUCUCAUUUUUGGGGCCAACUGCCAAAGGCCAGGACCACAAGGUGAAACAGGAGCUACAGGACACAGAGGACCUACAGGUCCCACUGGAGCUACAGGACACAGAGGACCUACAGGUCCCACUGGAGCUACAGGACACAGAGGACCUACAGGUCCCACUGGAGCUACAGGAGACACAGGACCUAAAGGCCAAACUGGAUCUACAGGUCAGACUGGCCCACAAGGUGAAACUGGACCUACAGGCCUAACUGGCUUUACAGGUCAGACUGGUCCUCAAGGUGAAACUGGAUGGACAGGGUCACAGGGUGAAACUGGUGCAACUGGCCCACAAGGUGAAACUGGAGCAACUGGCCCGCAAGGUAAUACUGGAGAGAGAGGUCCAACAGGCCGACCUGGUAAUGGAAAAGGAGGAAUUGGUGAAACUGGAUGGACAGGGCCACAAGGUGAUACUGGUGCAACUGGCCCACAAGGUGAAACUGGUGCAACUGGCCCACAAGGUGAUACUGGAGAGAGAGGUCCAACAGGCCGACCUGGUAAUGGAAAAGGAGGAAUUGGUGAAACUGGAUGGACAGGGCCACACGGUGAUACUGGUGCAACUGGCCCACAAGGUGAAACUGGUGCAACUGGCCCGCAAGGUAAUACUGGAGAGAGAGGUCCAACAGGCCGACCUGGUAAUGGAAAAGGAGGAAUUGGUGAAACUGGAUGGACAGGGCCACACGGUGAUACUGGUGCAACUGGCCCACAAGGUGAUACUGGAUGGAAAGGGCCACACGGUGAAACUGGAGCAACUGGCCCGCAAGGUAAUACUGGAGAGAGAGGUCCAACAGGCCGACCUGGUAAUGGAAAAGGAGGAAUUGGUGAAACUGGAUGGACAGGGCCACACGGUGAUACUGGUGCAACUGGCCCACAAGGUGAUACUGGAUGGAAAGGGCCACACGGUGAUACUGGUGCAACUGGCCCACAAGGUGAAACUGGUGCAACUGGCCCACAAGGUGAAACUGGAGCAACUGGCCCGCAAGGUAAUACUGGAGAGAGAGGUCCAACAGGCCGACCUGGUAAUGGAAAAGGAGGAAUUGGUGAAACUGGAUGGACAGGGCCACACGGUGAUACUGGUGCAACUGGCCCACAAGGUGAAACUGGUGCAACUGGCCCACAAGGUGAAACUGGUGCAACUGGCCCGCAAGGUGAAACUGGAGCAACUGGCCCGCAAGGUAAUACUGGAGAGAGAGGUCCAACAGGCCGACCUGGUAAUGGAAAAGGAGGAAUUGGUGAAACUGGAUGGACAGGGCCACACGGUGAUACUGGUGCAACUGGCCCACAAGGUGAUACUGGAUGGAAAGGGCCACACGGUGAUACUGGUGCAACUGGCCCACAAGGUGAUACUGGAUGGACAGGGCCACACGGUGAUACUGGUGCAACUGGCCCACAAGGUGAAACUGGUGCAACUGGCCCACAAGGUGAAACUGGAGCAACUGGCCCGCAAGGUAAUACUGGAGAGAGAGGUCCAACAGGCCGACCUGGUAAUGGAAAAGGAGGAAUUGGUGAAACUGGAUGGACAGGGCCACACGGUGAUACUGGUGCAACUGGCCCACAAGGUGAUACUGGAUGGACAGGGCCACACGGUGAUACUGGUGCAACUGGCCCACAAGGUGAAACUGGUGCAACUGGCCCACAAGGUGAAACUGGUGCAACUGGCCCGCAAGGUGAAACUGGAGCAACUGGCCCGCAAGGUAAUACUGGAGAGAGAGGUCCAACAGGCCGACCUGGUAAUGGAAAAGGAGGAAUUGGUGAAACUGGAUGGACAGGGCCACACGGUGAUACUGGUGCAACUGGCCCACAAGGUGAUACUGGAUGGACAGGGCCACACGGUGAUACUGGUGCAACUGGCCCACAAGGUGAAACUGGUGCAACUGGCCCACAAGGUGAAACUGGUGCAACUGGCCCGCAAGGUGAAACUGGAGCAACUGGCCCGCAAGGUAAUACUGGAGAGAGAGGUCCAACAGGCCGACCUGGUAAUGGAAAAGGAGGAAUUGGUGAAACUGGAUGGACAGGGCCACACGGUGAUACUGGUGCAACUGGCCCACAAGGUGAUACUGGAUGGACAGGGCCACACGGUGAUACUGGUGCAACUGGCCCACAAGGUGAUACUGGUGCAACUGGCCCACAAGGUGAUACUGGUGCAACUGGCCCACAAGGUGAAACUGGAGCAACUGGUCCACUAGGAAAUACGGGAUGGACAGGGCCACAAGGUGAUACUGGCUUUAUAGGUCCUCGAGGAUUUAUCGGAGCUACGGGAGCAACAGGACAGGGGAGAGCUGGAUUACCAGGCCGAAUCGGACCGCGAGGUCCACCUGGACCACCUGGUAAAGUAACCACGAUUCCUUUUACUUCUAAGAAGUUGGCAUGCUUUAUGAGUUGUUUAAAUGAAAAAUGUGAAUUUUUUAAUGAUUAA